UUUGGAUCUGCGGUGAUCCUUCCUUUUGUUUGGCAGGCAGAUAAUUGCACGACACCCACUUGCAUCGAUCAUGUUUGCGUCGCGUGUGCUUCGGAUGGCGGUGACCAAGACCUCGACGGGUCUCGUGGGUCUCAAGGUGAACCCGAACGCCCGUCAGGACCUCAUCAAAAUCUACCGCCGGACGCUCGAGGAGGUCAAGGUGCUGCCGCCUGAGGCCAAGAACUACCGCAACGCCGUGGAGCAGAUCACCAACUUCCGUCUGAGUGUCGUGGAGGAAAACAAGGAUGAGGACGUCAUUGAGCGCAAGAUCAACUGCGGACAGUUGGAAGAGCUGAUCGAGCAGGCCGAGGACGAGCUCACUGUCAUCCCCGUUUACCUUGAGCACAAGCUGUGGGAGAGCCCCGUUGAGGCCGACAAGUAAGCGGCGCUGCAUCGUGACGGAUGAGUGGAGAGAUGAGCAACGAGUUAAAUACACAGCAUUCUACACAACAUCCAGCCAAGGCGAGCGUUGAUGCAAAAGAGUCUAUGUAUUUGUUUAUCGGUGCACAGA